UGUUAUUAAAAUCAACUGCAGAAAAAGCUUUUUCUCCCUUCUAAAUUCACCCAACCCUUUAUCUCUCUUUUCUUCAAUCUUUCACCCUUUAUACAUUUAACUCAGUACAUUUAAUCCCUCCCUGAUCCCUACUCUUCUCUAGCUACCUAGCUAGCUCCUGUUUCAGCUCAAAAACCCUAAUUCUCCAAACUCAGCUCUCACAAAACCGGUAUGAGACUCAAACUGUAAAUGGAGGUGGAUCAGAUCCCGUGUAAAUUCCCCAAUAUUAGCAAUGGCGGCUAUGCUUCACCGAUAGCAAGCCAGAGAGAGAAGAACAAAAUGAACGAUGAGCAAGGGGAGAAUCAGCGGAGCGGCGCGGCCGAUCCAGGAGGCGGAAUUGGCGGACUCUACGGCUGGCCGUCGUCGCGGAUAGUUAGGGUUUCUCGAGCCACCGGCGGGAAGGACCGCCACAGCAAGGUCCUCACAUCGCGAGGGCUGAGAGACCGCCGCGUUCGAUUAUCGGUUAACACCGCCAUCGAAUUCUAUGAUUUGCAGGACCGAUUAGGCUACGAUCAGCCGAGCAAGGCGGUGGAGUGGCUGCUCGCGGCUGCGGCUAGCUCGAUUGCAGAGCUGCCGCCGAUCAAUUCCCCCUUUCAGCUCCCGGAUUCCGCGAUGGCGGCGGCGGGAAAAUCCUCUAUCGGUGGUAGCAGCAGCUCCGAGACCAGCAAGGGCUCGAUUGCCAGAUCUGAGAAGGCGGUUAAGGAAAAUGAGAAAGAGAAAGAGAAAUCUUCUUAUGUUGCUUCCUUCACCGAGCUAUUGAGCGGAGGCAAGGAUGCAUCCGAUGAGAAUUCCAACUUCUUUCCGAUGGAUUACUUCACCAGCGGUUUCUCAGCGGCAGCGGAGCUACAGCCACAUUUCUCAUUCCCCUCCGAUCAAUCGAGUAGUAGGGGGACCCUUCAGUCCAAUUCUUCACAUUUCCUGCGAAAUUGUACGGCGGCGUAAACCAGCGCCAUUUUUAUCCCGGAUUGGAGUCGCGAUUGCAGCUCUACUACGGCGAUGGGGAUCAGGGAAGCGAUGGCAGAAAUGGUGGGCAGAAAGCAAAGACAAACCCUGAUUUCGGUCACUCUCAAAACAGCUGGUAAUUUAAUUAAUUAAACAAUCUCGAAUUUUGUUGCUAAUUUGGGCUUGAUCAUUUCGUCUGCUGCAUUGAUAUUGAUUGCUUAUGUUAUGUCCCUUUCUACA